UAUUCCUCCUAUGGUAGCAUUCCAAGCAGAACCGACUCUGUCCAACUCUACCGUCUCGCCGCGUAAUUGACAUUGUUGGCAUCGCAUCACUUCUUAAUUUACUCACUCACUAGUAAAAUGCAUUGCUCUUAAUCUUACCUAAAACAGAAUCUCUCUCUCUCUCUCUCUCUUUCUUGUUGAGUUAGAGAGUUUGAUAAAAAAAGAAGAAACAAAACAGCACAUGGCUGCUUGUUCUUGGAAGCCACACAUGAAUUUACUAAACCAAAGAGAAACUCAAACAUUGUUUUCACGUGGCCCUACUUGUCAUCAAAUCUUAAACUUUGCUUCAAGAUCAAUGACCAAUUAUUGUUGUCUUAUUGCGGCUGUCAAAAACACCAAGUUUAAGGUAAAAGGGUGUGGAUGUAAGUGCAAUGAAGAAGAAUAUGGUGUGACUGAGGAAGACAAAGAUAUUGUCAAGAUUCUCUUUCAAUCCAAACCUUAUUUUUCUGUACAAAGAGGAAGAGUUUUUGUUGUUCACAUUUCUGCUGAGGUUGUUGCUACUCCUAAUUACUUCCAUGCCAUUCUCAAGGAUAUAGCUUUUCUUCAUCACCUUGGAAUCCACUUUGUUAUUGUUCCUGGCACCCAUGUGCAAAUUGACAACAUUCUCAAAGAUAAAGGGAGCAAGCCUAAGUAUGUUGGGAGAUAUAGAAUAACAGACGAUGAAUCUCUAAACGCUGCAAUGUGUGCAGCAGGAGGAAUAAUAUCGAUGAUAGCAGCUAAACUUUCAGUUGGACCUUCCAUAUGCAAUAUUCGUAGACAUGGUGAUAAUAGUCGAUUGCAUGACGUUAGUGUCAGUGUUACAAGUGGUAACUUUCUUGCAGCCAAGAGAAGAGGGGUUGUCGGUGGAAUUGAUUAUGGGUCAACUGGGGAAGUUAAAAAAAUAGACGCUACUCGCAUGCGUGAAAGACUUGAUGGUGGUUCUAUAGUUAUUUUAACCAACUUGGGCUACUCCAGCUCUGGUGAAGUAUUGAAUUGCAACACCUAUGAGGUUGCAACAGCUUGUGCCUUGGCAAUUGGGGCAGACAAGUUAAUAUGCGUUAUAGAUGGUCCAAUACUUGAUGAAAAUGGACGCCUAAUUCGUUUCUUGCCUCUUGAAGAAGCAGACAUGUUAAUUCGCAAGCGGGCCGAGCAAAGUGAAAUAGCAGCUAACUAUGUGAAAGCGGUUGAGGAAGAAGGUUUAAAUCCUGAGCAUAACAAUUUUAACGGGGCAGUCAAAUCUCCACCUAAUGGAAAACGCAUUACAGAAUGGCAUAAUGCAACUUUCCACAAUGGUGUUGGUUUUGAGAAUGGAGAUGGCUUAGGGACUAGCGAGCAAGGCUUUGCUAUUGGAGGUCAAGAACGGCUAAGUCGAAUGAAUGGGUACCUGUCAGAAUUGGCUGCUGCAGCUUUUGUUUGCAGGGGAGGGGUUCAAAGAGUUCACUUGUUGGAUGGCACUAUUAGUGGAGUUUUAUUGUUGGAAUUGUUUACAAGAGAUGGGAUGGGAACAAUGGUGGCUAGUGACCUUUACGAAGGCACUCGAAAGGCAGAGAAAGAAGAUUUUUCUGGAAUCAAACAACUUAUUCAGCCUUUGGAGGCAUGUGGCAUUCUGGUUAAGCGGUCUGAUGAAGAGCUGCUACAAACGUUGGAUAAUUUCGUUGUUGUGGAAAGAGAAGGUCAAAUAAUUGCAUGUGGUGGCCUUUUUCCUUACCCUGAGGAGAAGUGUGCAGAGGUUGCUGCUAUUGCAGUAUCUCCUGAUUGCCGUGGCCAAGGACAGGGAGACAAAUUGCUUGAUUAUAUGGAGAAGAAAGCAGCAUCUCUUGGAUUCAAUAAGCUUUUCCUACUUACAACACGUACAGCAGAUUGGUUUGUGAGGCGUGGAUUUUCAGAAUGUUCAAUUGAUAAUAUUCCUGAAAAGAAAAAGAAAACAAUCAACCUGUCCCGCAAUUCUAAGUAUUAUAUGAAGAAGCUUCUACCAAAUAAGAGUGGAAUUACUGUUGGUGGAAACAAAUUAGUUACAAAUUAGAACUAUUUUCCAGUUACAAGGGGGUAAGUGUGAUUGGAAGCAUGGGCACUUAUGCUAAAUAAUAAUAAGUUAAUAAUCCCGUAACAAUCUUGUAGCUCGAAUAUGUGUUUGGUACCAGGUCUUCGACAUGUAGCAUUAACCUUUGUAUUGUAAAUCUGUUGUCAGUAUUUAAUUUCUAUUAGUGUUUA